AUGGCAGACGUAGCAACUCCCGCUGACAAGAAGGCUCCUCCCAAAUUCAAGCAGAGGGCCAUGCGCACCUUCAAGAGCAAAGCCCCUAAACCAGGCCAGAAGGGAUUCGGAGAUGACAUCCCCGGCAUGGAGGGUCUUGGCACUGACAUCACAGUGAUCUGCCCAUGGGAAGCCUUCGGGGACAUGGAGCUCAGCGACCUGGCGAAAUAUGGAAUUGUUUAG